CAUCAGAGAGUUACCAAGGAAACCUUUGUUCAGGAAAGUCUUUUUGUAUUUAUCUGGACCUAGUGACGCUCUUGUUACUGCGCAACAAUACCAUUUUACUAAUUGGUAACUGAAAAUUUCUCUGGUAUUUUCAGAUAUAGCAUUUUCCCAUUACGAAGUACUCAAAAUCCGUGUUUCGGUCAUAGAAUUUUUUGUCCCGUGUUUCAUUUUUACGACAAUCACUAGAACACAAUGCGUUUCUUCGCCACUAUCUUCCUCUUCAUGAGCACUGUGUCUGCUCUCUCCAUCCGUGAUCUCUCUUGGGUUUUCGGCAAGAAGGAGAAGAGAAUGACCAACUCUCUUGUUACUAGUGUUAAGACUGUCAAGAGCACUGCCUACUACAACAUUUCUGAGGGUACUUUCUGUCACACCAAUGGUGCCAAUUUGUGUGUCUCCCCCGAUGUCAUUGCCAUCUGUACCAACCACAGUACUGUGUUGCUGAACUGUCCUACCAUUCUUGGUUACCCCUACGGUGUUGGUUCUGCCUGUGUUGAGACCUCUAACACUUACGGUUUGACCCGUGGUCUUUGUGUUACCGGUUCCUCCAACUUCACCACGAAGGCUAACGCCUCUAACUUUGAGAAUGCCACUACUCUUGUCACUCGCGGUUCUCCCUUGAAGCAAGUUUCUUUGGAGUUCACCAACGUCAUUCCCUCCAAGUCUGUUUACAUCAGCCGCAGCUCUCUGACUGAAUGGAGCUGCAACCAAACUCUUUGCAACAGCGAAUACCCCUUCCUUGUCAACACUUGCUUCAACGGUACUCAAUACCCCGUUAACUGCAACUCUGCUCUUCGUACUUCUUUCGGCGGUGCUGAAUGCCGUAAUGUUGGUUACAGAGGACAAGGUGUUUGUGUUUACACCAACAGCAGCCGCUCUGCUACUCGUUUGAAUGAGACUGCCGUUAAGGAUAUGGCCUCUCGUGCUUUGUGGUAAGUAGUUUAGACACCACCCUUUGCUUCAUUUUGGUUACUAGCUUGUUUCUUUACCUCUUUACCGUCUGACCGAAUGCAUGACAUCGGGACGGUGUUACGCUCUUUCUGUGUCUUUUCUGUUCACCAUGCAUUUUCUUCCCUCUGCGCGACGUGCGUUAUGGAUUGUGCUCUGAGCUAUCUGCAUUUUCUUACGUUAUAGCGUGCAUUCUUAGUAACGGCGUUCGUUACGGCGGUUAUGGUCGACCACUGACGGCACCAACUUCCACGCAAGAGCAUCGUUCUUUACUAUUUUAUCAAUGCAAUUUGAUUACAUGACUCGUACUAUUCUUUAAGUUGUGGACAGGGAACGGAGGAUAGUCUCGACGGAGCAAGUGUUUGUUUUUAAUGUGGGGAUGCUUCAUCGUAUAUUAUGUGCGGUGUUGUAUAGCUGAGAGAUUGUUUCUUGAAUUCCACUGGAUAUCCUUUCCAGAACUGUCUGCUUUUCAAGCUGAAGAGUGUCGAAUCGUCGUUGUCGGAUGUGUCCCUUAAGCAGUUCAUGAAUGCGUGCCAACGCCUCAGGGAUGAGUGAAUGAAGCAGCUGUUCCUUCACAAUGCGGCAUUCAUGCAGUUGCAUCCAGGACUUGACCGUCUCCAUACGUUCACAUCGGGCUGCAUGGAGAAGUUGCUUUUUCUCUUGUACCUGCAGACUGGUCCGAAUGUCGUUGAAGAUGAGUAUGAGAAUCGUUGAGAACAGCUCCUCACACAGGCGGAUGCAUUUGGGCGAUAAGAGAGUACUGAUUGGGCUUUUCACACGAACAACUAGUUUUAUAGAGGAGCAGGGUGAAUCUUCAAUAACGUUUUCUUCCGUAGUCGUGAUAAGUAGAGAGACGAGUUUGUGUGCCGCGUUUUCGUUCAUGAUUCUAUCAAUAGAGUUGUUAAUAGCUGUCUGUAACGACAUUGCCAGUUGAAA